UUCUCCAAACAGCUGGACAAUGUGAGUAGAGGAUGGCCAGGAUGUCUGYGGGCAGUAGCCGCAACUGUCCUUUUGAUUCAAGAAGCUAGAAAGCUGACCAUGGGACAGAAGAUCACAGUCUAUGUGCCGCAUAUGGUAAUAUCUGCUCUGGAACAGAAAGGAGGGCAUUGGUUGUCKCCCAGCCGUAUGCUGAAAUAUCAGGUUGUCCUAUUAGACCAAGACGAUGUGGAGCUUAAAACUACCACAGCAAUUAACCCUGCAAUGGUUUUGAACUCUGAAUUAAGAGACUCUGAACCUCUAUGUCAUGAUUGCCUGCAGACCAUUGAACAUGCAUAUUCAAGCAGACAAGGUCUAAGGGAUGAGCCAUUAACUAAUCCUGAUUUGGAGUUGUUUACAGAUGGCAGCAGUUUUGUACAAGAUGGAAGACGGAUUGCUGGAUACGCAGCAGUUACCACUACCCAAGUGUUAAAGGCAGAGUCCCUUCCUGCCAACAUAUCACCACAAAAGGCAGAGUUGGUGACGCUGAGCCAGGCUCUCAGAAUAGCCGAAGACCAAAAGGAAAGACUUUGGCGACUCUUCGACGGCACGUUGUCCUGACAGGACCUCUCGCUYUCGAUACUCCGSUGCAUCCUUAUCAACCAGGAGAUUCUGUCUUCAUGAAAGCCUGGAGCUCAGAACCACUGAAGGAGAAGUGGAAAGGACCUUACCAAGUGCUCUUGACAACCCACACCGCAGUAAAGGUAGAGGGUAUUGAACCGUGGGUCCAUUACACAAGGAUAAAAGCUGCCCCAGGAUACCGGUGCGAACCUACUGAGGACUCCUUGCAUGCGAUAAUGCAAAAAGUUGAAAACUGAAAAUCUAGGAAAGUCAUAAAAUCUUCAGAAAAAGGAACUGCCAUACUGUUAAAUUUAAUAGCAUUAACUGUAUUAUGGGGAAUGAGGGAAGGGCAGAAUUGGGUUGAAGAGAUUGUUAAGUUUAAAUUCAAUCGUACGACAACAACAGAAUGGAGAAGGGUGAGCAGUGGGAAUCAUUCUAGUAUAAUCAUAAUAAGUAAAGACUUUAAGGGAGCAAGAAGUGGGUUUGAGAUACAGUGGUCGGAGGGACCAGAGCUGGAAUACUGUUGCCGCACAGGAGGGGAAAAUCUCUCCUUUAAUUUUGAUGGAAAGAUAGAUAAUAAGUAUCAUUAUUAUUUGAAAAUCCACGUUAAAGGAAUAAGAGAAUUGUGGUGUACAGCCCAACACCAAUCUCUAAAGGAGUGUUGCAUUUCUAUUAAGGUGAGGCAUCCAAGAACUGAAGCUAUUUGCACUAUAUA